AUGGAUCCAUACGAACAAAAAUUGUUUCACUUGUUUUCGAACUAUGAAAAUGGGCAAGGCUACAUCAAUUUGAGUGGAUUGAAUGAGCUAAUUCACACACUUCAAUUAAAGGAAAGAGGUCCAAUGCUUAAGUAUCUUUUAAUGAAAAAUGAUACCAAAUGUAAAGUGACGUUUCAAGAAUUCCGUGAAGGCCUACUUCAUGUGAUAACAAGUGAUAGUGACGAAGCCUCUGUCUCGACAAAUACACAAGUGCUAGAAAUAUCAGAACCCGUCACAAGUGAUUUGGAGUCUGACCGAGAAAUUUCACCAAAACUUAUUGUUGGUACUAAAAAAUAUGGUCGUCGAUCUCGUCCAACAGAAGAUGAUCAGAAUAUUGACGAUUCCUCUGACUCUAACAAUGAAGCUGCUUCGGAAUCAGCCUUAAGGAAGAAAAAAGCUCUCAAAGUUCAACGUUCGUCAUCUCAAAGUGAAGUUCAUCAUAAACAAAGAAAUACAUUAAAACGUUGUGCUUCACUUCCAUCCCAUAAAUCAUCUUAUUUAGAGAUCAAACUCAGACAGUGCAAAUUGAAUCAAGAUAUGAGUAUGGACGAAAGCGAUAACAUGUUGAAAAUUCAAUCCUUUUCUCAGAACUUACGUUCAGUAUGGAAUAAUUCUGAUGUGAAUAAAUCUGGGAGCUUGAAUUUACAACAAUUAGAAAUUGUUUGUGAAAGAGUUGGACUCGACAAAGAAGCUGCUAAGUUAGCAGCAGAAGAAGUAUUUGAUAAGCUUUCAAUUAAACAUGAUGAUGGUGUGUCUUUUGAAAACUUUAUCAAGCUGAUUCAGAGUGAUUCUGAUGUGUUUUCUAGUAUGGAUAAAAUCAAAAGUUCAACUAAACUAGACAGUGGCAAUACAGAAGAUGAUAAUCAGAUUUUUUCCUGGUCUUCUGAAAAUAGAAUAAUUGAAACAGAAAAAUUGAUUGAUUUGUGGUCAACUGCCAACGUAGUUGAUGCUGAGGAAUUUUUGAAGAAAUUAGGAUUUAGCAAUAAGUACGUAAAGCUUUCAAACUUAAUAUGUGUUUUAGAAGAAGAGCUUCAACAAAAAAAUACUGUUGAAGUUCAAAGUUCACUUUUGCGUGGUUCUCUUGCACUUUACCGCAACGAAUUGUCCAUUUUAUCCAAGAAUUUUCAACAAUUAUCACAAGAAAACCAGAAAUUAUCACUCGAUAAUAAAGAAUCAAAUCGAAGAGCUUCGAUUCUUGUUCAAGAAAUUGAUGAACGUCAUAGAAAUAUGGAAGAUUCCAAUUUAAGCAUGAUCAAGAAAAUGGAAAUGCGACAUAAUGAAAUGAUGAAAGAAUUAAUUGAGCAAUCAUCUGCUGAAAGGGAUCAACUUACACAAAUAAAUGCGAAACUUGAAUUAAAGCUCCAUAAACUCGAAUUAAAUGAUCAGAAACUGCAGCAAGAUUUCACAAGAUUGAAGGAUGAGAAUAGUGCCUUAGAAACGGAACAAAUGGAGCUUCACAACCAAAUAACUGAUAUGCUAGAAAAAAACAUUAAACUUAAUCAAGAAAUCGCCAAUAUUGAAAAUGCCGAUAACAACGAUAAAUAUGAUUCACACAACGAAGAAAUUCUUGAUCUCAUUGAGAAAAUUGAAACACUUCAAAUGGAAAAUUCAAAUCUUCGUGAUAAGAAUGAUGAGUUAUUGUGUGAUGUUGAAGCCCUUACUCUAAAAUUAAACACGGAAAAGAAAUUAAAUAAAGGAAAAUUGUCUAAUCGUGAUUUGAUCGAAGACCAAGAAAGUACGACAACUUUUGCUACUAAGCGGCGUGGCGAUUCUCCUUCGAAAUCGAAAAAUUUGGAAGAAAGUCCACGAACUGGAAAGGUUCCUAAAUUUAGUAGCGAUCUGGAAGAAUUAGAUGCAAUUAAUCAAAUGAAUAAAGAAUGGGUGAUGCUAAGUAAUGAAACUAUGACAUCAGCAUCAAAUCACAGUGAACCAAUUCUGCAUUCCAAUUACGAUAUAAAAAAUGAUGAACAUUUGAAACAAAGGAUAGUUGAGCUUGAGAAGAAAGUUGUAGAGUAUGAAAGCAAACUGAGAUGUAAUGAGCAAUCAACUUCAGAUGAGGUGACACAAAAUCUAACUGAUUAUUCGAAAUUGAAGAGGGAAAAUGCUAGACUAACAACUAGAUGUCAAGAGUUGGAAUAUAAUCUUGAGGAAAUGAGUAAGGAAUAUGAAAAUUGUGAGGAUUAUUGGCAAUCUAAGCUGAAUGAAGAGCGACUGUUAUUUGAUGAAGAUCAACGACAAAAUGAUGAAAAAUUUGCUGAGCUUCUGCAAAAAAUGACAGAAAUUGAAGAGGAACAAAUUGCAGCUCAAACAGGAAAGAACCGUUUGACACCGAUCGAGGAAAAAUGUCAUCUCGAGAAUCAAUACAUGGAAUUAGAAAACGAAAUGGAAGAACUAAAAGUUCACGCACAGUCAGUUUUAUAUGAAAAGAGUCGAGAGAUUGAAAAACUUCAGCUUGAAAUAAGUCAACUUCAGAAUAAUUCAAUUGUUGUGAAGUCUCAACAACGAUCAAUUUCGCCACAAAGUGCAGCCAGUUCUCCAAUAAAUUAUCUUCUCAAUCAAAACACAAUUACAGAUCCUAUUAGAGAUUAUCAAAAUCCAAACUGGGUAAUUAAAAAAACUGCACCAAUAGAGGAAGUCAUUGCAACAAGUAAGGAAGAAUCAUCACGAUAUGUAUCACCAAUUCAAAAACCACAAUCAUAUCAAAAAGAAGCUUCAAACACCACAGAUAAUAUUAAAAGUAACAAAAAAAUGCAGGAAUUCUCUGAUGCUUUAUCAAUGAAUUCAAAUCGUUCGAUAGGAUCAAACAGCAUACAUUCAUUUCAAGAGUUUCGUGAUCCAGACCUUCAUACAUCUUCAUUUACUGAUACCGGUAAUGGAAUUGAUAAAAUGAAAGAAAUCAGAGAUCGGAUAAAAGAAGAAGUUUUUGAGCUCAACACCCAAAGGGAUAGCCUGAUAAUGGAACUGCAACAACUUCAAGAAGCGAAACCAAUAUUAGCAAACACUUAUCAAACAACACAUCCUAAUUUGGCACAAAAGGUUGAGAAGCUCCAAAUGAAGAACAAAUAUUUACAGAAUGUUCUUAAACAACAGCAACAUUAUGCAGAGACGAUAAUGUUUCAAACUUGGCAUCAGCAGCGUCAAGAACUCAAUGAUCUAAGAAAUCAUCUUGAAGCCCAGACUGUUGUUAUAUCAGAACAGGCAACUCGACUUGCAAGUGCUGAUAUUCUUGUUAAAGACUUGUAUGUUGAAAACUCUCAUCUCAGUGCAACAGUUCAGCGAAUGGAGCAACAAAUAACAAAACAGAAUUUUAUGCAACACGUUCAACACAAUCAUCCUAAAUCACAAUUGGGGAGCAUAUUAUGUAAAAUGGAAUCACUUCCAAAAGAAAGCCUGGUUCACAUUUUCAAACACCUUCCACAUGCUUCCUUGAUAAAUGUUACAAAAGUUUGCAAGUUGUUUCAUGAGAUAAUUUUUUCAUUUGAUUUAAUCGAUCAUUUAUACAUCAACGACAAGAAAACUGGUUCAUUACCAAAGUUAUCAAAAUUUCGUAAGGCUACUAUUGCUUCUUAUGAACCCAGUAUUCAUAAAAACAUAAUAAACACUGUUGGAAAUGGAUUAACGCAGCUUUAUUUUUCCAAAUGCACUUUACGCUUGGCUGAUAUUGCAUCUAUACUUCGUUCAACACCUAUGGUCAAGAUAGCUACAUUUGAUUACACGAAGAUUUCUGAUAAUAAUUUACCGGCGAACUUUCAAGAUCCCCAGCUUGAUGAACUAACUUUAAUAGUCCACGAGACUGACCCAAUUAUUUUUCGUAUCUUUCAAAACUGUAUAUUUGCAAAAGUAGAUUUAAAUUAUUAUGGUGAUUCACCAUAUCAUAAUUUUUCGGAGUUUCUAAAAUCCCUUUUGCAGCAAACAAAAUUAAAAGAAAUUUCUCUGAACGGUUUAUACGAGACAAACUUAUUUCUGAUACCUAUGCUUAAACCAACAUAUCAUUUGUUGGAAUUUAAAAUUGAAAACUGUGACUUCGAAGAAUGGGAAUUUUUGGACAUUUUCUUACAACAUCAUGUCGAAACAUUGGAAAAACUUAUCUUCAAGAAAAUCAUAUGGGAUCCUUCAACAAUCUUAGGAAAAUGUGUCAAUUUAGAUUACCUUCAUAUUCAAGAUGUUGGAAUUCCUGUUCGUCAAAAUUUCAACAACCUCUGUUCAAUCAAAACACUUUUGCUAGAAAACGCAACAAUUAAUGUUGAAAAUUUUUCAAAUGUUAAAUUUCUGCAUCUUACACGAACAACACCUGAAUUGAAUGCAAUAUGUUCAAAAGUAAUGACGAAUCUACUAAACGUCAGCUUUAAAUCUGGUGACAUUUCUGGUUUCAAGCAUUCAGAACUAAAUUCUGUGACAUUGAUGUCUCUUGAUAAUCGCAUUCAAAGUCAGUUCUUUCAUGAAAACCCAAAGAUUGAAUGCCUGACCAUAAGUGACGUUUAUACCAUAGAUGAUAAUCUUUUAUCUGAAAUAAUGAAAAAUCUAACAAAAUUGAAAACUUUAAAAAUUUUUGGCGAUAAUUUAUUAACAUCAAAAGCAUUUAAUAUUAUACGGGACAAUGGAAAGUCACUCAAAGUUUUUGAAAUGAAAAAAUGGAAUCAGAAAUUUAAAAAAACUGAUUGGAAUUGCUUAUAUGAAAUAACUGGCUUAGCUAUUUAUGUUGAAAAUUUAUUAUAGAAUACUUUCAUACUUAAAUUUAAGUUAUUAUUGAAAAUAAUCAAAAUUAUAAAUCAUAUGAAAUUCCUCUGAGAAGUAACAGCAAAACAGAUGUAAAAAUCUUGUGUCAGGCAUCUUGACGAUAUAUUUUGUUAUUAUUUGAAUAAAGCAUCAAAGCAUGUUGCAUAAGAACAAGAAGACAUA